AUGAGCAGGGCAGAAAAGUUGUGUCUUUCCCUAUUAAACUACUGCAAAACACUCCGAAACCUCAACCAAAUCCACGCCUUCGUUUACAAAUCCGGCCUUGAAACUAACCCAUUAAUCGCCGGAAAGCUCCUACUUCUUGGUGCCCUUCAAAUUCCUGAAGCUAUUGAUUACGCUCGCCGUCUGCUCAUCCACAAUCCAAACCCAGAUGUGUUCAUGUACAACACCCUCAUCAGAGGUGAAUCCGAGGCAGACUCACCUAAGAAUUCAGUCAACUCAUUCAUUUACAUGCUGCGAGAAUCAUAUUCCCCUCCUGAUAGUUUCUCAUUUGCUUUUGUACUCAAAGCAGCGGCUACUUUGCGGUGUUUAAGAACCGGGUUUCAGCUGCAUUGUCAAGCUAUGACUCGUGGGCAUGAUACUCAUCUCUUUGUUGGGACUACAAUGAUUAGUAUGUAUGCGGAAUGUGGGUUUGUUGAGUUUGCUUGGAAGGUGUUUGUUGAAAUACCUGAACCAAAUGUUGUGGCGUGGAAUGCAAUACUUACAGCAUAUUUUCGGGGCAGUGAUGUAUGUGGCGCAGAUAAAGUGUUUGGUUUAAUGCCUUUUAGGAACUUGACUACUUGGAAUGUGAUGCUGGCAGCGUAUACUAAAGCCGGGGAACUUGAGCGUGCGGAGGGAUUGUUCUUGCAGAUGCCAAGUAGAGAUGAUGUUUCUUGGAGUACUAUGAUUGUUGGAUUUGCUCAUAAUGGUUAUUUUGAUGAGGCACUUCGAGUUUUCAGGGAGUUGGUUGGGAGUGAAAGUAGGCCCAAUGAAGUGAGUUUGACGGGUGCUUUAUCUGCAUGUGCUCAAGCUGGGGCGCUUAAGUUUGGGAUGGUAUUGCAUGCAUUUAUAGAGAAAGUGGGGUUGAUUUGGAUAAGUUCUGUGAACAAUGCACUUUUGGAUACUUACUCCAAGUGUGGAAAUGUGUUGAUGGCUCGUCUUGUCUUUGAGAGAAUGCUUGGGAAGAAAAGCAUUGUUUCUUGGACUUCUAUGAUUGCAGGGUUUGCAAUGCAAGGAUAUGGUGAAGAGGUGAUAAAAAAAUUUCAUGAGAUGGAAGAAUCUGGUACCAGACCUGAUGGGGUCACUUUUAUUUCGGUCCUUUAUGCAUGUAGUCAUGCUGGUUUAGUUGAACAAGGUCAUGAGCUAUUCAGUAAAAUGACAGAAACUUAUGACAUUGAACCAACUAUUGAGCAUUAUGGUUGUAUGGUUGAUUUGUAUGGUAGGGCUGGUCAGCUUCAUAAGGCAUAUAAUUUUAUGGUUCAAAUGCCAGUACCACCCAAUGCCGUUAUUUGGCGAACACUUCUUGGGGCUUGCAGUUUUUUUGGUGACAUAGAAUUGGCUGAGCAAGUUAAUAAAAGACUCUCUGAGCUGGAUCCAGACAAUUCUGGUGACCAUGUUUUGCUGUCCAACAUUUAUGCAUUUGCAGGGAAAUGGAAGGAUGUUGCCAUGGUGAGGAGAUCAAUGGCUGAGAAGAAUAUGAAGAAAAUACCAGGUUGGAGCAUGAUUGAAGUGGGCAAGGUCAUGUACAGUUUUGUAGCAGGUGAUGAACGAAAUGAGAUUACUGAAGAGGCUUAUAAUAAGUUAAGUGAGAUAAUGUUAAAACUUAAAGUUAAAGGUGGUUAUAUUCCAGAGGUAGGCAGUGUUUUGCAUGAUAUAGAAGAGGAAGAAAAGGAAGAUACCGUGUCUAAGCACAGCGAGAAACUUGCUGUUGCUUUUGGUAUGACCAGGUUAUGUAAGGGAAGCACCAUACGAAUUGUAAAGAAUUUGAGGGUGUGCAAAGAUUGUCAUAGUUUUAUGAAGUUGAUAUCUAAAGUCUAUGGAUUAGAUAUUGUGGUAAGAGACAGAAGUCGGUUUCAUUCUUUUAAAGAAGGUUCUUGCUCUUGCAGAGAUUUUUGGUGAUGGAUGAUUUAUGGUCCAAUCAAAUUGGCAAUGCUCUCAUUUUCAGGGUAAACACGUUGACUGCAAACAGAAGACCCACAUUUUGGAUGUCAUGGAAUGCUCCAUGCUUUCCAUCGAAAUUAAAGAAUAUGGAAAAGAAGUAAUCAAACAUGUCAGUGAACUAAUAGACUUGGAAAAGGCUACUGCAUCAAGGAAUUUUGCCUCCUUACAGCUCUUCAGGUGGUGUGGGAUUUCACUGGGUUGUUGUUGUUGUUGUACAGCUCUUCAGGUCUUUGAUAUGAGUACUCUGCUUAUUUAAUAACUGAAGUAAACUGGCACUGGACAAUAUUGCAAACAUAAAUUUGACUUUUGCUUGAUACAGAAGAGCUGUUCAUUUCCAGAGCCUCUAGGAAUGUUGUUCAAGUUAUUUUAACAUGCUAGUCUUGUGAAUUAGGUAACAGAUGCAAAUGGAAAUAGUGUGAGGUUGACUAAAUUAACCUUACAGCAUUGUUGAUAGUGAUAGAUUUGCAAGCUGUACAUUUUAUGACUGAAAGACAUAAUUGUCUGUUCUUCAAACUGCAUAGUGUCAGGAAAAGAGGAUUACAACAAAAGUGUGCCGUGGGUUAUAAGCUUCUGCUCUGCAAAAUGUUCUUGUCUGUAUGCCCAAGGUCACUGCUGUUCAUAUUCCUUCCAUUCGUAUUGAAGGACUGAAAGAUGAGCUGUACUGUGCAAUAGGAGGUCUGGACAAGGAACAAUAGAAAACAUAGUUGAGAGACCAUCCAUAGGUAUUGUCUGCUAAGAAGGGACACUGAGGGAAUUCACUACUUUCUGCUGUGUCUGCUGUAACUCAUCAAAGAGCCAUGUUCCAUGGUUAUUUUGUGCCCCAGUGAAGUCAUUUGUCUGGAGCUUGCUUAAUAGAUCCUUGUGACUUUUGAGGUCUUUAGGUUAAGAUCCCUUACAUCCAUCUUGUAUGUUAUCUGCAAUAGGUAGUUUUAGCAAAAGCUUAUUGGUUAGUGAAGAGGACCAUCAUGCAAAGAGCCAGGCGAAAUUUCUGUUCCUGAAUGAGGGAAAUGGAAAGACUGUUAGGGAGAGGGAUAUACUUCUCUUUAGAAUUGUCGAAAUUUUAUGGCAAACCCUUUUCUUCUCUGUUUCUUUAGAACCAAACAAGAAAAGAGUAGAAGAACAGAAGAAAGGAGAUUUCACUUAUGUGAUUUAAUUUGACUUUUUGAUCCGGAUUGGAACUGGACAUAGAUGUCUUUGUUUGGAUGAAAUAAAACAUAUUUUAGCUAAGAAAAGGCAAUUGUAACUCCAAUUAUCAUUGAGAGCAGAUUACAAAGCUGCAAGUUGUUUGUUGUGUUCUUGAAUAAAAUAAUUCUA